AGCGCCCCUCUUGAAAUACUUACGGUAGUCACGGAGUAGCGGGAGGGGUGAAGUGGGCCCAGGAUUCCUUUGCCAGUCACUGUGCUCUGAGAACGAGUUCUACUGCAAAGCCACUGCAACGAACAGGUCUUUGGAAGUGUUUUUUUUUCUCCUCUGUGUGCUGAAAGGAAAAACGGUUAACCUCUCCUCCUUCCUCUCUCACCAGGUGUGAAUAGGAAGUUGUCCCUUGUUAUUGUGUCUUUCCUUGGUCAUCUCUGUCCUGUCCCGUACUGUACUUCUGACGAUAGAGGACGUGUCUGCACAGACGUUGACUAACCCCACCGGGAGUCCCACACCGCCUUACCAGCCAUAAGGAAAGACCUCCCUGGCCGCAACUGACCCCCAUCAUGGCAGACAGUCACCAACCUGAGGACAGCUACCCCCAUUGGGACCCGUCGGGGGCACAGGACCCCUCUCCCCCCCCAGCCCACGGGGCUAACGGCUACCCCCCCUCCUACAGGGCGUGCCAGCCAGGGACGGCCCAUGGAGCAGCACCCCCCUCCUACACCUCCCGAGAGAACGGCUUCAACGGAGACCAUGCAGUUACAGCUGAGCAAGUGUCUGCGCGAAUCGUGCAGGAGGUGACAGCAGAAGCAGUGGCAGUACUGAAAGGAGAACAGGAGACAAGACUGCAGUCAGUUGAAGACACGGCAAACCUGCCCCCCUCUCCUCCUCCCUCACCUGCUGCUGAGCACUGCUUCAGACCCCUGGAGCAAGAUGUAGGGGAUGAGAUGAAGGAGGCCUGCCCUCUCCGCCGCUUCCAAAAUUCUCGGGAGAGGUGCAAGUUCCUCGCCCCCUCCAUCUCUGUGUCUGUGCCCGAGGAUGACCCCUACCACUCUGACGAGGAAUACUAUGAUCAUCCCUUGUUCAGCCCUGAGUGGGAUCGCUCGGUCUCCUCUCGGCCCACAGUGCUGGCCGCUGCCUUUAGACAGAUCCAAGAGACUGUCGAGGCUCUUAAAGAUAACUUCGAGGAGGAGGAGGAGGAGGAAGAGGUGUUGAUGUUGGAGGAGGAUGAGGAGAUGGAAGGGGCAGCAGCAGAAAUCGUGGCUGCUCUUGAGGAGCUGUGGAGUGGGGAUGUGCCUGAGCCAGACGGCCCCCCAACCAAGCCAUUAGAACAGGCUGCGGCUGUAGGCGAGGCCCAGGCUGGGCCCCCUGUGCAGGCAGUGGCAGUUAGUGCUGCUCUUGAUGGCCCUAACGGAAGGGAGGAGGAGGAGGAGGAGGUGGCAGUGCCUGAGGGGAAGGAGGAGAGCCUUGAUGAAGACUUAAAGAUGGACACGGAGAAACCAGGCAGUGAGAGUGGAUGCCUCAGCCCAGACUUCACUGAACCAGAGUGUCCAGCUUUCUCCAGCGUGGACCACGCAGCACCCCCCCUGUACCCCAAAACAGAAAUGGCUUCUUCGUCCCCUUCUCCGUCCCCUUUCCUUUCUGACAGCCAGAGCCAAGCCAAAGAGCCUACCAAAAUGUCUAUACCGGAUGAACCUAAAACAGUCUCAGAGAAGCAGCCGUCAGUGGAAGUUCUUGAAUCCGGUAACCUCACAACGGUUGCAGGGUCUGGAUUCACUACAGCUGGAGACAAAGAUCAAGGUCAAGGUGUCUCCUCUGACUCUAACAAAGACAAAUCUGGCAUGUCGUCUUAUUUCGAGACUUUGGCCCUGAAGGCAGAUGAGGGAUCCAAGGGGGCUCAAGCAGCAGAAGGUUAUUAUGAACUGAGCACCGCAGGUCAAGAGAAGAGCUUAGGGAGAAGCUCCCCAACAGUUCCGUCACCCCCUGAGAUCAAUUACAGCAUGCUGGCACAAACACAGUCAGUGGAGAAGAAGCCGGACACCAAGAAGAGUUCGAUGGGAUAUCAAAAGGAUACCUUACCGGCCCUGGACAAGAGUAAUGAAUGUAGGCUUUCCCCCGGGAAGUUGGCCCUGGAUCAGAGAAGCUACUCUCUCAACAUUACGAUUGGAUCGAUGGAUCCCAGCGGCCUACCUAGGAACUUCUCCCCACUGGCCACAGACAUCAUGUCUUUUACCAGUGGCAGUCUGGAUGAGUCUGUCAACUAUCUCCCAGUUACCACCCUGUCUGCGGAGAAGGUGCCCCCGCCUUUCCCUCCCCUCAUCCUGGAGACGGCCGCCUCAGUCACGUCCGACUCCUCGUCUCCUCCCCACAACACAGGAGAGAUCCUCGGCGAAAAGACCAGCCCCCAUGGGUCAGAGUCCCCAGAGUCUCCCUUUCCACCCAAAUACUACUACAAAAACGGGACAGUCAUGGCUCCUGACCUACCUGAGAUGCUGGACCUUGCAGGCACCAGGUCUAGACUAGCUUCUGAGAACAAUGACCCAGAGACCAUGAGGAGGAAGUCUGUCCCUGCAGACGCCCAAGGCAUUGGGAGCGACUCCCUGGCCAACCUGGUCCUGGGGGACCAGAAUCAGAGCCAGAGUCUUGCCAAGAGUGAGAGCCAGCUGGAGGAGUUGGGUUACUGUGUGUUCAGUGAGUACUCAGGGCCCAUGCCUUCCCCUGCUGACCUCCAUAGUCCCAUUGACUCCCCGCCCCAGCGCUUCACCCCUAUGGCUCUGGAGGAAAAGAUGGCAGAGGAAAAACUGAAGAUCGAAGCUAGAGACAAACUAGCUGAAGACGAGAAGACAAAUCAGUUAACUGUGUGUGACGGUUCCAAAGAAAAUGAAGAAGCCAAACAAGUGGGAAGGAAAGAUUCCGCUUCAGAGGAAAAAGACAACAAAGAGAUCAGCCACGAAAAAUAUGCCAUGGAGGACCAAAACGACAAACCGGCUUCAGCUCUGAAGUUAGCAGAGUCCUUUGUGACUCCUACAGUGAUGGUCACCCUGGAUGAGGAGGGAAAGGCAGAGAACGAGGGACCAGAGACAGAUGCUGAGAUGGCUGCCUACGAGAGGCAGAUCCGCCGACUGGAGAUGGAGGACAGGCCCCUGAGCAUGGAGGAGGAGCGAGAGCUGCAGGAGUUAAGGGAGAAGGUGAAGGACAAGUUCUUGGUGCAUCAGGAGGCGUAUGAGGAGGUGGAUGCCGAAGACGUCUACCAACUGACUGGGGUUGCCAAGGACCGGAUCAGCAGGCCCGCCAGGCCCUCCCCGGCCUCCUCCGUGGAGAGCACCACAGAAGAAGAGAAGGUUACGGACACCGAGAAACCUAAACAGACAGGUCAGACAACGCCUCCGAAGGUUGACGUCAUGGCGACAUCUCCGUCUGUGUCAGUUGGUGGUGUGAGCACCACAGAAGAAGAGAAGGGGAAAGUUAGCGAAGAGAAGCUGAAGAAGGAGCAGGUUGUAGAGGUCAAAGAGAAGAACAUAGAAGAAAAGAAAAAGGAAGAGGGGGAGGAGGAGGAGGAUAUAGAGCAGGUGGUGGAACAGGAGGAAAUCAUGAUAGAAAUAAAACCAACAAAGCCUGGAGAGAAAGAAGAGAAGGUUGAGAAGGAUAUAAUGAAAGACAAGGAGGAAGAAGAAGAAGAAGAGGAAGAUGGUGAAGUUCUGGCAGGGGCAGGAGCAGCGGUGGAUGACGUUCCAGAACCCAGAGCUGCCAUAGAGUCAGUGGUAACUGUAGAAGAUGACUUUAUCACUGUAGUCCAGACCAUCGACGAGGGCGAGGAGCCAGGACACAGCGUGCGUUUCUCUGCUCCGCCUGAGCCUGAGACACCACAGGCUCUCCACGAGCAGGAGGAAGAGGAGGAGGAGGAGUCCCAGGAGGUGGAGAUCAUGGAGGCAGCUAGUCUGGAGGAAGUGGGGGAUGUCUCAGAGGAGGUCCGUGAGAAGGAGGUGCAGGCCUCCCCAGAGAAGGAGGUGCAGACAGAGACCGAGAGACAGACAGAGAGCUACGACAGAGACGAGACCACCAUGGACGACUCAAUCCUAGACAGCUCUUGGGUCGACACUCAAGAUCUCUGCACUGUAGAUGUGGAUGAUGACAACAGCAUGGCUACAGAGCAGAUGGAGCCCCUGAGAGCCGACCGGGUCCCAGCCCCACCAGUCAAGAAGGAGAAGACUCCCCAACAGCAGAAGCAGGAGAAGCAGCCAGUGAAUCCCAAGGCUAAAGGGGGACGGGUGAAAGGGCGCGAGGGGCACGUCUCCACACCAGAACGUAAACCCAUUCACAAGCAGCCGGUCUAUAUCCCCCGGGAGGACAUCAAGAAGAAAAAAGCCGUGAUUAAGAAGACUGAGCUGACCAAGAAAGCUGAGACUCAGAUACGCUCGUCUCCAUCUCGGAAGAGUGUGUUAAAGUCUACUGCGGUCCGACACUCGCGUCCUGCACAGGCCCACCCCUGUGCUAGGAGGAAACCUACAGUGGGCGUACCAGAGGGUCGUCGGCCCCUCAGUGUUGCUAGACAGUCUCGGGACAGAGCCUCAGUGGAGCUUGAUAGGCACCGUCCCUCCUCGGUCGGGCCUCGUGACUCCCCAACACUACACAGACUGAUAGACGUGGAUGGUGGUUCUCAGAGCCCAAAGAGGUCAUCCCUGCCGCGGCCUGCCUCUAUCCUGAGCCGGCGUACCCACCACCACCCACACGACCAGGAGGAGAGCUCCACCUCAAUCACCAGCUCUGGCUCCACCGCACCCCGCAGACCUACGUCGUUCCGUACAGAGGUCAGGGCAGAGCAUCGGACAGGACGCGCCCCUAGUUGGACAGGCACACAGUCAAUGCGUUCCCGCUCGCUGUGCAGCGGCCCCACCACACCCCGCACCCCAGGGUCCACAGCCAUCACCCCUGGAACCCCUCCCAGCUACAGCUACUCCUGCCGCACACCUGGGACCCCUCGAACCCCUGGCACACCACGUUCACUCAGCCUGCUGCAGGAGAAGAAGGUGGCUCUGCUCCGCACCCCUCCCAAGUCCCCCGCCACCACCCCCAAACAGCUCCGCGUCCUCAACCAGCCCCUGCCAGACCUCAAGAAUGUCAAGUCUAAGAUCGGCUCCACAGACAACAUCAAUUACCAGCCCAAGGGGGGACAGAUUCAGAUUUUAAACAAGAAGCUGGACUUCAGUCACGUACAGUCAAAAUGUGGAUCCAAGGAUAACAUGAAGCAUUCUCCUCGUGGAGGCAAUGUGCAGAUCCAGACCAAGAAGAUUGACCUGAGUCAUGUGACCUCCAAGUGUGGAUCCCUGGACAACAUUCGCCACCGGCCAGGGGGAGGUAACGUGCGCAUAGAAAGUGUGAAGCUGGACUUCAAAGACAAGGCCCAGCCCAAGGUGGGUUCCCUGGAUAAUGCACACCACACCCCUGGUGGAGGCCUCAUUACGAUCGAGAGCCACAAGCUGUUGUUCCGUGACACGGCCAAGGCCCGGGUGGACCACGGGGCGGAGAUCAUCAUGACCCAGUCACCGGGAACGGGCAUGUCAGGGACGCUGUCCCCCCACCGCCACAGCCACCUGUCCUCCUCUGACAGCAUCAACUUGCUGGAGUCUCCACAGCUAGCCACUCUGGCUGACGAUGUCACCGCUGCCCUGACCAUGCAGGGUUUGUGAGCGCCUUGACAACCUCUGCCCGGGCACUGGAUCUUUUGACCACCACCCUGCCUCCAGUCAAUCCCAGCCAAGAUAUCCAGACACCCCAGGCACCGGACACCUUCACCCUUCCUCCAGCCACCAUAUCCCCAAGGCCUGGACCCCCCUUACCCCGUCCUGCCUCCAGUUUCACUCCAGUCCACCACAGCCACGGACACCUUCCCCCUGCCUACAGUCUCCCUCCAGUUCACCCCAGCCCUGAACACCUUUCCCCUGCCUACAGUCUCCAUCCAGUCCACCCAAGCCAUGAACACCUUCCCCCUGCCUACAGUCUCCCUCCAGUCCACCCCAGCCCUGAACACCUUUCCCCUGCCUACAGUCUCCCUCCAGUCCACCCCAGCCCUGGACGCUUUCCCCUGCCUCCAGACGACUAAUCCCAGACUCCUGACACCCUCAACUUGCUUCCAGUUUAACCUGACCCCAAGCCUCGGACUCCCUCACUUUCCUCUAGUCCACCCCAGGCUCCCUCAUCAAGCCUCCACCCAGCCUUCAAUUUCCCUCAAGUCCACCUCCAGCCUUGGGUACCGGUCAGCCCACCCUGCCUCAGCCUCACCCUGCCAAAACCCCACUCUGCUUCUAGUCCACUCUGCCUCUAGUCCACUCUGCCUGUAGACUGCUCUGCCCCCCAGACACCUUCCCUUUGCCUCCACUCAGCCUCUACUCUUCCUGCUAGUCCAUCCCAGACACCCUUACCCCACCCUGCCUCCUGUCCAUCCUAGGCCGUGGACACCCUCACCCCACCCGACCUCCAGUCCACCCUAGACUCCCUCACCCUGUCCCAGGCCUCAGACUUCCUCAACCCUGCCACUCAUCAACCCCAGCCCAGACUCUCAGACACCGCCAUCCUGCAACAGCCUCAUAUCCGCCGCCCGAUAGAGCUGCCUACCCUGCCCUAUGUCAACAAGAUAAAUGAAGAAACAACAACAACCCUGAGGGAGCUACAGACUAUUUAGAAAGUACUUUUGGUCCAUUUUUGUUGAUAUUUCCAUUCCAAGUACCUGUAUUUGGUGUAUUUUUUAUUUAUUUAUGCUACAUAUAGAUAGAUAGGUAUAUAAAUAGUUAGAUGGUGUCAAAGCACUGACCCCAAAUCAGCUUUAGCUGUUUGCACAAAAUAAUCUGGGUAAGGGCCAGGUAUAGGGUGGGGUGGUCUCUGUUCAGUGCUUAGAAGCAGCUUUUUCUUGCCAUAGGUAGAAAGUCACGUGGCCAUGCCCAUACAAUACCCGUGCCAUCUCGCCAACGUCUUGUUUUUCUCAGUAAAGUGAAUGGAUGCCAGACUCAACAUUCACCAUAUGUCAAGCAUCCUUGAGGCAAAUCAUGCUUGUCCAACAUCCAAUAUAUAAUAAAUAUAUAAACAAUAGACGCAUCUAUUUAUUAGUUUUUUUUUACUAUUUUCUACAUUGUAGAAUAAUUGUGAAGGCAUCAAAAUGUUGAAAUAACACAUAUAGAAUCA